AGAUUUUUCAUAGGUGUUUAGACUGUAAAAUCUUGUGUAUGUUAAAUGCAUAUAGUGAAAAAAUUUGAACCACAAACUGUCAACAAGUAAUUUGUAAUUUUUCCAAUAGAGCAUUAAGGUAACUAACAUAAUUCCUGAUGUCAUAAAGAAUAAAAAAUACCAUAUCUAGCUAGCAAGAGUGUCUCUUACAAAGCAAGAAGAAAACCUACCCCUAUGUGAUCUCUUACUCUAAGCAGGUGUGAAUAAAAGAGGGAUACUGUGGCAAAGUGGAAAAGCAUAAGCUCCUUCUAAUCCCUUCCUGCCAUUUCCUAGCAGUGAAACCCUGUUUUACCUUUGCUCAUACACAGUAUGAAUAGUAAAACCUCUGUGACAAUAUUCCUGUACAAACAAAAGACGAUUAAUGUAUCCACAACACCCAGAGUGGGUCUCAACAAACGGUGGCUGCUAUCGUGUUGCUGCCAAAGCUGCUACUCUGGCUUAUGAGUUUUUAACUUGUUUUCUCUGUUUCUUUUUAGAGAAAUAGCUUAGAGAAGUGAUUUUUUUUUCAUAGUUUGUAAUUGAAUGAGAAAAUAAAAUGAGUUUUUUUGGAUUCCAGCACUGAUUGACCAUGUUGACAUAAUUAAAACUUUCAAAUCCUUGUUCACUGACUGUGAUAGAGUAAUAAUUUAGUUAAAUCACAAGAGCCAACCUGUCCUAUUAUGUUUAGAAGUGAAUAUACCUCCUGCCAGCUGUCCCUCCUUCUCUGCCAUUCUGUAGAGUUAACUCUUUUCCCCACUGACUCCACACUGCACUUCCAACACUGGGGACCUCUCUAUUCAGAUCUUACUUUACUUCUUGGCAGCAUUCAGCAUCGUUGGACCUUAACACCCUUUUCUCCUGACUUCUAUGACAUCAUACCCUUCUGGGUUUCAUGCUGCUUUCAUGACCAUUCCUUUUCUGGCCCUUUUCUCACUGCUCCGAUCCUACUGAUCUCCCAUUCAGACCAGUCUCCCAUACUGUUCUGGCUAGUUUUCAAAUAUGUUGGCAAUACUUAUUUUGGAAGAUGUUAUGUAUUCCUACCUCAGGGUCUUAACACUGACCUUUUCCUCCGCCUGUCUUUUUGUUCCCUUUUUGCUCAUGUCUCACCUUUUGAAUGAUGCUUAUCCUGACCCCUGUUUAAUUUCACUACCGUAGCCACACUCCUGUGCCACGCUCUAGUUUUUCGUUCAUAGCACUUACCACCUUCUAAUGUGCUACGUUAUUUAUUUUGUUUGCACUUGUCUUCUCUGCUAGAAGCUCCCUGAAGACAAAGAUCUGUUUUUCCCACAGAUAUACCAAGCAUAGGACUAGGCACACAGUUGGCAUUGUUGAAGUCACAGAGUCUAUCUGGGGGGUGUGUGUGUGUGUGUAAGUUGCCUCAUUCACUUCCAAGCCUCUUUGUACACCGUAUGCCAGUCAGCCAUAAAUCUUCAUCUCCACCUCUUUCUCCAUUUCAUCUCCACAGUCACUGACUUUUCAUAUAGUGUCUAAUAUAUACAGUCAGAAAAAACAACUUUGCCGCCUUUGCAGUCAUCCUCAGUUUUUCUCUUUCCUUCACUUAACAAUACCCCACCUCCCCUCCAGUCUAUCAUCAGUGAGCCCCGUUGACACUUCCUUCCCUCCAAAACGUAUCCCCAAUCUGCUCACUUCUCUCCAUCUCUGCCACACCUCCCGUCUUUGCCACCAUCAUCUUUCACUCAGACAACUGUGGCAGCCUCUUUGCUUUUCUCCUGCUUGUCCACCCUUGACCCUUUACAAUCCAUUCUCCACACUGGCUAGAUUCAUUUUCUUAAAGUAUAAAAAUGUAAUUCAGAUCCUGUCAGUGUCUUCCAGUGGCUUUCCAUAGCACUUAGAAUAAAAUUCAAAGUUCAUUAUCUGACUUAUAAAUCUAACCCUAGUUGACUUUUCUACUUCUACAACUGUUUUCCUCUCAUCCUACCAUACUCUAGUCACAGAGGCCUUCUUUCAUCUCUUUCAGAUAUGCCAGGCUUAGAGCCUUUAAACUAACUGUCCACUCUCUCUAUCCGGAUUUCUUUUCCCCUUUUUGUGACAUUAAGUCAGUGCUUAACUGUUUCUCCCUCGGGGCUUUUCCUGACAAUCCAUUCACUGAGUCAUUGAACCUGUCUUAGUUCUUUGCAUAACCCUUUUCCACUAUCUCAUGUAGUCUUUUGUUUAUUGAGUUUCAUCCCCCAUGAGAAUGUAUGCUCCAUGAAAGCAUAGACCUUUUUACUGCUGUUGUGUGUAAUACGUAGAACAGUGUCUGGUUCAUAGUUAAUGCUUAGUAGAUAUUUGUGGAAUGAAUGAUUGUGUGAAUGAACAAAGGGAGCAGAUUUUUUUUAAUUACAAAUUUUGUAAUACUUAAGUUAUUAACUAUCUGAUUAACAAUAUCCUUAGGCAGAGUUGGAAAAAAAUGAGUUUUGAUUUUGGGGAAGGGAACACUAAGAAAUAUUUAUUUUUCUAUCUUUUAGCAGAAUGCAGGAAUAGUUACACGCCAUCCCCAUUUUUUUAUUUACGUAGUGAAUAUUUUUAAAAAUUUUUGUAUAAGACCAUUAUUCAGCAGCAAAAUUAUUUCAUGUAUGGCUUUGUUUUUUGUUUUUGUAGCAAGACAUGACAGAUUUUCUUAUAGUCCAAACAUUGUCUAUAGCAAAAGACAGCUUGAAUGCCAAAAUAAUGUUUAAUUAGAUCUAUUCAUUAUCUUGCCACAUGCUAAGUAGGUGCUAAGGAUUUAUCACUGCAGUAGAAGUCACUGGAUCUGUACAUUUAUUUUAUGGAAAUAUGAUUUAAAAUUUACAAUUCUUUUUUGUAAGACAGUAACAAAUUAUUAUGUAAAACUUACACCUCUGCCCAAGACUCUUGCAAAUGUUUGCUCCUAAUUUUGUAGAGAUCUUCCUAACGAUUGAAUAUUUAAAAUUCAAAAGGUUUUUUUUCUUUUUUGGAAAAAUGCCUUCUGUAGAUAUAUCUGGGUGAGAAAGCAAUAAAAUAUAAAUUAAAAUAUUUUAUCAGCAACAUCUAGUGUCAGUACUUCAUGACUGUCAGUGUGUUGUACUAAAAAGUGUCAUUGGUUUGCCCCAAAGAACGAAGUGGUGGCAGUGAUAGCAGCAUCUCUUUCUAACUUGUGGUUUAUUUCUCAUUUUCAAGAUCCUGUUGCCACUGGUUUUUCUUCCCAGUGGUUGGUUAAAAUUCAGAGUUGUUUCAUGAAUACAUGACAGUGUGAUCUUAGGAGCUUGCAGUUGCUCAGAAGCCAACCACACUUAGAAAGUUUGAUGUAAACAUUUGUACUGCAAGAUGCUCUUUGUUGAGAUACCAAGUCCCAGCAAAAAGUAGCAUUAAACCUGAUGACCACAGAUACCAUGGAGGAAAAGCACAUUCUAAGACCUGAGCUUUUUUUCUGAAGCUGUAUGUAACUGAUUCUAUAUUUUAUUCUCUAAGUUAGGUGAAAUCUCAAACUUUUUGAAGAGUCACUAAAAGAGAAUGAAAUCAUGUCAUUUGCAUCAACAUGGAUGGAACUGGAGGUCAUUAAGUGAAAUAAGCCAGGAACGGAAAGACAAAUAGCACAUGUUUGCAUUCUUAAGUGGAAGCUAAAAAAAUGAAUAUCAUGGAGGUCGACAGUAGAAUGAUGACAGUAUAGGGGGAAGGGGAGCUGAAGAAAGGUUAGUUAGUGGGUACAAACAUACAGUUAGAUGGAAGGAAGAAGCUCAAAUGUUAGAUAGCAGAGUAGGGUGACCAUAGUUAGCAACAAUGUAUUAAAUGCAUUUCAGAAUAGCUAGAAGAGAGGACCUAAAAUGUUCCCAACACAGAAAAAUGAUUAGUACUUGAGGUGAUGGAUCCCCCCAAAUAACCUGAGUUGAUCAUUAUAGUUUUCAUGCGGCAACAAAAGUAUCACCUGUCCCCCUUAAAUAUGCAUAAAUAUUAUGUACCAAUAAAAAAAUUUUAAACAUUAAAAAAAUUUUUUUUAAUCCUUUAUCCUUCCAGCUGAAUAGAUUUCAUUUUCAUUCUUCCUGAGAAUAGAAGAUUUAAUGGAAGUUCCAGUAUCUGUAUGCAGGCCUAUGACUAGCUUCACUUCUUGGUGACUAAUACUAGUUGACAAAACAGCAUAUUCUAAACUAAUUGUCUUCAUUAUCCAGUAGCUUUCCUAUUCCUCAUAACAAAUGUUCCAGAUCUUUGAUUACUCACCUCAGAAUGCUUGUCUCACUCCUCUUUUCCUCAUUCCUCGCAGAUCAUACCUUGGAGAAGAAAAUAGAAACUGUCAGCCAUGAAUUUCAUUAGCUUUUUCUUCCUCUUCAAUCCAAAUCUGUCUGUAUCUUCAUUCAUUUUUCUUAACCCUUUCCUUGCUUGCUAUUUCUGCUUUCCAAAACCAAGGAAGGAAUUUUGACAGAAGUGUCCAAGGAAUUCAUUGGGGGAGAAUGAAUGAUUCAGUAAAUGAUGUUAUGAUAAUUAGAUAGAUAGCUAUAUGUAAGCAUAAAAAAUUUUUAAAAACCUUAGGCCCUUGUAAUCAUAUGCACAAAAAUUAAGUGGAUUAUUGAUUUAAAUGUAAAAACAAAAAGUAUAAAACUUUUAGAAAAAAGAUUGUUUGUGACAUUGGGUCUGGCAAACAUUUCUUAGAUGUAAUUAAAGAUUUAUAAAAGAAAAAAUUAGUAAACUAGACUUCAUCAAAAUUUAGAAAUUUUGCUUUAUCUGUAUAGGACACUGAAGAGAAUGAAAAGACAAGUCACAGACUGGGAUAACAUAUAGGCAAAUCACAUAUUUGUCAAAUAACUCAUAGCCAGAAUAUAUAAAGAACUUUUACAACUCAAUAAUAAAAAGACAAACAGCUCAAUUUUUUAAAUGGGGGAAAAUUUUAAAUAUAUUUCACAAGAGAAUAUACUCAAAUAGCCAGUGAGCACAUGAAAAGAUGUUCAGCAUCAUUAAACAUUAGCAGACUGCAAAUUAAAACCACACUGAGGAACCCACUAGAAUGGCUAUAAUCAAAGACUGUCAAUAUCAAGUAUUGCAGAGGAUGUGGAAAAACUCAAACUCUGUUACACUGGUAAUAGAAAUAUAAAAUGUCACAACCACUUUGGGAAGAGAUUGGCAGUUUCUGGAAAAAAUUAAUUGUAAAUUUGACCAAGCAAUUCUACUACUUAAGUAUCUUAAGAAGAAUGAAAACAUGUCCACACAAAGAUUUGUACUAAAAUGUUGAUAGCGUUAUUCAUAAUCACCUAACAGUGCAAAUGUCUGUCAACUACUGUGAAUGGAUAGACAAAAUGUGCUAUCAAUACAGUAAAACUACCCAGCAAUAAAAAAAAAAACAAUUGACUGAUAAAUGGUAUACGAUGACCGAAUUUUAAAACCGUGAUGCUAAGAAGCCAGACACAGAGACUACACAUUGUAUAACUCCAUUUUUGUGAAUUUCCCAGAAAGGCAGAUUAUAGAGACAAAACAAAUCAGCGGUUGCCUAGGGCUGGUGGUGGAUGUGGAGAUUGACUGUAAAUGGGACAUGAGGGAAUUUUUUUGUGGUGGUAGAAAUAUUAUAAACCUGGAUGUGGUAAUAGUUGCACAACUCUGUAAAUUCACUAAAAGUCACUGAACAAUACACUUAACCAUAGGUGGGUUUAAUGAAAUGUGAAUUAUACUGCAAUAAAACUAAAUAAAAGCUGAGUUAGUACCACUUGCCUCGGGUUCAUUACUUUUCAUUCUUAAUUAUUCCCUUCACAGUUACUCCCCACUCUUCCCCUACCUCUUUCCAUAUUUCUUUACUAUUGAAAAUUAUUUUCAGUAGUUUUGCCUCCUGAGUUCACUGCCUUUUAGAUCACAUUUAGACCAUGGGUUUCUAUCACCACAAAAAAAUUCCAAAAUCUGGGUCCAAAUUUCAACUCUAUUCACUUAUCUGUGUGACACAGAAUAAGCCUCUGAGUCUCUGUGUCCAGAUUUGUUUACCAGGUAGAAUAUUAAUAAAAUCUAUUACAUGAGGAUUUGUGAAUAUUAAAUGAAACCAUAUAUUUGAGACAUUCUAUAAGUGCUAGCUGUCAUUCAUCACCUUAAAACAAGACUCAUAAGUUGAAAGGCUGUGAACUGGUGAGCAUCUAGAGGAGUGGCUCUUAAUCAGGGCAAACUCAAACUUUAGGGAGGUUUUACAGACUGGCUCCACUGACGGGUCAGGUUGAAAGGUUUCUGGACCCUGGGAAGUACAUGUGUGUGUUUGUUCUCCAGCUUCGCAGAUGAUUCUGCUAUAACCUAAUGGUAAACAAAACAACAACAGAUUGCAGUGCAAGACUCAGCCCAUAGAAUGUACAAACACCAAUUGUGAACCCUAACAAACUGUGGUCUCUGGGUGAUAACGAUGUGAUAAUGAUAAUUGCCGUACAAGGCUCAUGUAUUCAUUUCCAGUCUUGCUCCUCCCAUUCCCUCCCUUUGGUUAGGUAGCAAAUGGAAGGCAGACACAUUUAAGUCAUGAGCGAGAUCCACCCAUCUCAUGUAUGUACAUGCAGUGGGACAAAUGCACUAACACUGUAUAAAGUCUUCAGAGGAUACUCAGUUGUCAUAGAAAUAAGUUAUAUCUUUGGUUGAGUUUUUAAACAUUCAUUCUCACUGGGGUAGUAUUUGGGAAACAUUAUAUCAGGUUUUACUGGUAGAGAAAGGGUAAAUCAGUAAGUUAAAGAAUAAGUGAUAUAUAAGGAUUUAAAAAAGAAGGCCUCAGGUUUAAGGGAUAUAUGUAAUUACAAGAUGAUCUCAAUUUUAAAUCAGAACACUGAAGUUGGAUGGAUGGGAGACAGGAAAUGCAUGUUCGAGAGCAAUUUAGUGAUAGGGAGGAAUUCAUACAGUGAAUUUGAAAUGAGUAAGUACUAUGCCAGUGUGACUGGAAUUACUGCCUCUUUACCUGUCUUCAUUUACUUGUUUUUGUAUCUAUCUGUUUCUUAGAGUUGACUCCCUCACUCUUCUAUUUUCCAGGGUCUAGAACACUUCUUGCCAUCUGCUCCCAGAUUCCAUCUCAGAAUAAUUAGUUUUUAUCUCUUUCUUUCUUCCCAGUGUUGACAGCCGUCACUUUCUAGUAUUCGCAUUGUCAAUACCACAAGGUCUCCAGUCUCCACACCACCAGUUCCCAGGUCCUCCACUGUGCCACAUCUCAGCCUUGACCUGGCUGUUUCUUCCUCUUUCUCUCUCCUGUCUAGUCUAGAUCCUUAGUAUUCAUCUGGGCAUUUCAGAAAGUUCACCCCUCUCAUAAAGAACUUGCUAAUUGCCUUCCUUAGAAUGCUUCAUCUCUUUCCUGUAAGUUCUCUAGGACACUAAAGCAACUGUCUUUUACUGUAAUACUUAGAUUAGUUACAUGUACUCUUGCCUGGUCAUUCCUAUUAGUUGAACUCUUUAAAAGCAGAGAUAGUUGUACUCAUUUUUGUUCCCAUUGUGCAUUGCAGUGUACUGUAACUCAUAUAUAACAUGUUCUCAAAUAAUAGUUAUAGAUCACAGUUAGAUUUUUUAUUUAUUUCUUUUUAGUGAAGAGUUUUCACUUUCUCAUUUAGGAAUCAUAGAGCUUUCUUUGAGUACUGUAGGUAACUUAUUCUUCCCACAGAACUACCCCCCCAUACAUACAGUACUUAGAGACAGAAAACAUACGCGUAUUGACACAUUUUAAUUUUUGCGACCUUUUGAUAACCUUGUCUCAGGAAGGGCCUUAUCUUAGCUGUUCCCAUGGGAUGCCUAUCUCCUAUGUCUUCUUGCCUUCCCACACCCUACAUGUCAGGAGGCAGGAGGGUAGAGGACUGUGAGGCUACUGUUCUCAAAAAUGAGACAUUUCUAUAGAAGGGUGAUUUACAAUAGGGAAGUAAUAAGAGGUGACCAGGAAGGCUUGGGAAGAAGGGAAAAGCUCUGAUUAGCAUAUGGGCCCAUUUAAAGAUGGGUCAGCCCCAUUCUGUCAGUGACUUGCUAUCCUGAGCGGGGUGCAUGUCAAGUGUUCAGACACUUCCUAUUUUUGCUCAUCUACCCGAGGUGAAAGUGGGAAGUAGAUGUGAAAGAGUCGUCUAGCUGGUUUUAGUGGGGCUGUACUAGAUCUAGAUUUAUGGAGGAAGAUUAAAAUGGAGCAGAGGAAAAAACUUCUUGACCAUAUUUUCAUCAUCCCAAACUAAUGGCCUUUGCAGCAAUUUACUUAACAAACUAGGUGAAUUAUGUAUUUGAUGGCAUAAAUAUGCAUACACAGAAUAUUUGGUUUUUGUGGCAUUUUUGUAAAACCGUUUCUCAAAAAUACAACAUUCUUUAAAGACUUUUUUAUAGGUUUAUCAGUAUUUGUGUGACGUAUAAUUUAUAACUCAAUUAUUUAAUAUGUAAACAACAGAUAAAAAUCCUAUCACCAUAGUUUGAAGAUAGCAAACAUUUUAAUAAAUACAUUGAACAUUUCAGUUUAUUAGUCUUCAUUAAUGUUUCCAAAGGAGAAAUUAAAAUACCACUGCAUAGUUUUCAGAUUGUUUUACUUGGUGAACAGGCAAGAGGACAGAAUAAGAGAUUGAAAAGUGAAAUAAGGGUAGUUUAUAGUUUGUUUAAUUUAUCAAUGGUCCUAUUUACAUUUUGGGAUCACAUCUUGGACGUUUUGCAACUUCCAAUUCAUUCUAGCAUUUUGGGAUUCUUAUGUUGACAUAGUUAAUUCUAUAUUGAAACCUAGGGACUUGUUAUUUAAUAAACUUGUAGAAAUAAUCAUUUCCAGUUAAAUGAACCACAAAAAUUAUGAGGUUAAAAACAAAUCAGUUAUCAUUUAGUAGUUCUGUAUUGUCAGUUAAUGAUCUUUAUUAAAUUUGCAGCUUUCUGAGUUUAUUUGGAAGUAGGUCAUCACAUGCUGAGAUGAAAUACCAAGUCAUUUAAAUUAGAUACUGAGCAUGCUCAUAUGAAGUACUUACUCUUGGAGACUGCGGUGUGGUUCAGUUUUCUUAUAGUGGAAAGAGCAGAAAAGAGAUCACGGUGUGCCCCUUUGUCAUCAUUCUGUCAGAAAGCAUGUAAUUUGUCUUUAGAAACCAGAAGCCUGAGACAAAGAAAAGAACGCAGAUUUUUAGCAAAAGGCUAUUUGCCAUAAUGAAAGGAAAGUGACCUGCAAACAUCCAGUCACAGGACAACCAUCACAGGACAAUUGUAUUUUUGUAGUGAAUGAACAGACUGUUGCAACCAUGACAUCUGAAGAAAAGAAGGAACGACCUAUAAGUUUGAUAAAUGAAGCUUCUAACUAUAAUGUGACUUCAGAUUAUGCAGUGCAUCCAAUGAGCCCUGUAGGCAGAACUUCACGAGCUUCAAAAAAAGUUCAUAAUUUUGGAAAGAGGUCAAAUUCAAUUAAAAGGAAUCCUAAUGCACCCGUGGUCAGACGAGGUUGGCUUUAUAAACAGGACAGUACUGGCAUGAAAUUGUGGAAGAAACGGUGGUUUGUGCUUUCUGACCUUUGCCUCUUUUAUUAUAGAGAUGAGAAAGAAGAGGGUAUCCUGGGAAGCAUACUGUUACCUAGUUUUCAAAUAGCUUUGCUUACCUCUGAAGAUCACAUUAAUCGCAAAUAUGCUUUUAAGGCAGCCCAUCCAAACAUGCGGACCUAUUAUUUCUGCACUGAUACAGGAAAGGAAAUGGAGUUGUGGAUGAAAGCCAUGUUAGAUGCUGCCCUGGUACAGACAGAACCUGUGAAAAGAAUUACCUUUAAUUUCCGAGUGGACAAGAUUACAUCUGAAAAUGCACCAACUAAGGAAAGCAAUAACAUUCCCAACCAUAGAGUUCUAAUUAAACCAGAGAUCCAAAACAAUCAAAAAAACAAGGAAAUGAGCAAAAUUGAAGAAAAAAAGGCAUUAGAAGCUGAAAAAUACGGAUUUCAGAAGGAUGGUCAAGAUAGACCGUUAACAAAAAUUAAUAGUGUAAAGCUGAAUUCUCUGCCAUCUGAAUAUGAGAGUGGGUCAGCAUGCCCUGCUCAAACUGCACACUACAGACCAGUCAACUUGAAUAGUUCAGAGAACAAAAUAGUCAAUGUUAGCCUGGCAGAUCUUAGAGGUGGAAAUCGCCCCAGUACAGGGCCCUUAUACACAGAGGCUGAUCGAGUCAUACAGAGAACAAAUUCAAUGCAGCAGUUGGAACAGUGGAUUAAAAUCCAGAAGGGGAGGGGUCAUGAAGAAGAAACCAGAGGAGUAAUUUCUUACCAAACACUACCAAGAAAUAUGCCAAGCCACAGAGCCCAGAUUAUGGCCCGCUACCCUGAAGGUUAUAGAACACUCCCAAGAAACAGCAAGACAAGGCCUGAAAGUAUCUGCAGUGUAGCCCCUUCCACUCAUGACAAGACGUUAGGACCCGGAGCGGAGGAGAAACGGAGGUCCAUGAGAGAUGACACAAUGUGGCAGCUCUACGAAUGGCAGCAGCGUCAGUUUUAUAAUAAACAGAGCACCCUCCCUCGACACAGUACUUUGAGUAGUCCCAAAACCAUGGUAAAUAUUUCUGACCAGACAAUGCACUCUAUUCCCACAUCACCAUCCCACGGGUCAAUAGCUGCUUAUCAGGGAUACUCCCCUCAACGAACUUACAGAUCGGAAGUGUCUUCACCAAUUCAGAGAGGAGAUGUGACAAUAGACCGCAGACACAGGGCCCAUCACCCUAAGCAUGUCUAUGUGCCUGACAGAAGGUCAGUGCCAGCUGGCCUGACUUUACAGUCUGUUAGUCCCCAGAGCCUCCAAGGGAAAACGCCAGAGGAGCUUACGCUGCUGCUAAUAAAGCUGAGACGGCAGCAAGCCGAACUGAGUAGUAUCCGGGAGCAUACGUUAGCACAGCUCAUGCAGCUAAAGCUUGAGGCCCACAGCCCAAAGAAUGAAAUUCUUUCACAUCAUCUCCAAAGGAACACCAUAUAUUUGGAUCAUCAGAUGAAAGAAAAUGAACCUAUUAUCACCAUGGUUCACACAAUGAUUGAGAACUCGGCGCUAAGACCCCAACUGUACCAGCAAUUCUUAAGACAGAAGAACAAGAUAAGUCUAUAUUGUCUGUCACAAGAUGAAGGUAGAGGCACAUUAUACAAAUACAGACCUGAAGAAGUAGAUAUUGAUGCCAAGUUAAGCCGAUUAUGUGAACAAGAUAAAGUGGUGCAUGCUCUGGAAGAGAAACUUCAGCAACUCCACAAGGAGAAAUAUACGCUUGAGCAAGCUUUGCUGUCAGCCAGCCAAGAGAUAGAAAUGCAUGCAGAUAACCCAGCAGCCAUUCAGACAGUGGUGUUACAAAGGGAUGAUUUACAAAAUGGACUGCUUAGUACGUGUCGAGAACUUUCUCGAGCCACUGCCGAAUUGGAACGAGCGUGGAGAGAAUAUGAUAAGUUAGAAUACGAUGUAACUGUUACCAGGAACCAGAUGCAAGAGCAGCUAGAUCACCUUGGUGAAGUUCAGACGGAAUCAGCAGGAAUUCAGCGUGCACAGAUUCAGAAAGAACUUUGGCGAAUUCAAGAUGUCAUGGAAGGGCUGAGUAAACACAAGCAGCAAAGAGGUACUACAGAAAUAGGUAUGGUAGGAUCAAAGCCUUUCUCAACAGUUAAGUACAAAAGUGAGGAAGAGGAAGUAGUCCCACCUCGUCCUCCACUUCCUCGGUCCUAUGACUUUACAGAGCAGCCUCCCAUAAUCCCCCCUCUGCCCAGUGAUAGCAGCUCCUUGCUCUGUUAUAGCAGGGGCCCAGUUCAUCUGCCUGAAGAAAAGAAGAUGUAUCAAGUUCAAGGAUAUCCAAGAAAUGGAUCUCACUGUGGUCCAGAUUAUAGACUCUACAAGAGUGAACCAGAGUUAACAACAGUGGCAGAAGUUGAUGAAUCUAAUGGAGAAGAAAAAUCAGAACCUGUUUCAGAGAUAGAAACUUCAGUUGUUAAAGGUUCCCACUUUCCUGUUGGAGUAGUCCCUCCAAGAACAAAAUCACCAACACCCGAAUCUUCGACAAUAGCUUCAUAUGUAACCUUGAGGAAAACGAAGAAGAUGAUGGAUCUAAGAACGGAAAGACCAAGAAGUGCGGUGGAACAGCUCUGUUUGGCUGAAAGUACUCGACCUAGGAUGACGGUGGAAGAGCAAAUGGAAAGAAUAAGAAGACAUCAACAAGCGUGCCUGAGGGAAAAGAAAAAAGGAUUAAAUGUUAUUGGUGCUUCAGACCAGUCACCCUUACAAAGCCCUUCAAAUUUAAGGGAUAAUCCAUUUAGGACUACUCAGACUCGAAGGAAGGAUGAUAACGUUAAGGAACUGGACAUUGUCAUUAGAGAAAAUGAUGUAAAGCCAGACCGUGAAACUCCCACAGCAGAAAUUGUUCAACUCAAAGAAACUGAACCCCAAAAUGUGGACUUCAGCAAAGAGUUAAAAAAAACUGAAAACAUUUCAUAUGAAAUGCUUUUUGAACCUGAGCCAAAUGGAGUAAAUUCUGUGGAAAUGAUGGAUAAAGAAAGAAACAAAGAAAAAAUGCCUGAGGAUGUUACAUUCAGCCCUCAAGAUGAAACACAGAUCACAAAUCAUAAACCAGAAGACCAUCCUGAAGAAAAUACAAAGAACAAUGCUGACGAACAGGAAGAAACUGUUAUUUCUUACGAAUCAACUCCUGAGGUUUCUAGAGGAAAUCAAACAAUGGCAGUGAAAAGUCUGUCCCCAUCUCCUGAGUCCUCGGCAUCACCAGUUCCGUCCACUCAGCCGCAGCUCACAGAAGGCUCACAUUUCAUGUGUGUGUAGUCCCAGAAGAACUAUACUGACUUCUGUUGAAACCAUUCAAAGCUAAAGACAUGGACCUUCAGCAGUGUAAGAAGAUAUUGUACAGUAUAUUUUAAAUCUAUGAAAUUCAUAGUUCUGAUGCUUUUGGUCACAGAGCAUCAUUUUAUCACUUCUGGAAAAUGUUUAUUCCAAAACAGCUUUAAUGGCCCAUAUGUACACUCCGUAAUCUCAAGGUUAUUAUUCUGACACCAGCUUGCUGCUAUGAUUUCAGAGCACAUAAGUAAAGGUGCUUUUUAAUGUGCAGUCUAUUGCCAGAGCUUACUUAGUUGCUGAUUUCCAGAUUUCGAUGUUUCUGAAGUCUAGGUGAAUUUAUAUAUUUUUUUUUGCUUUUCAUUUUCUUAAGUUAGUUAUUAUUUCCAAUGAAGCUUGUUUUCUUUUUUUUUUUUUUUUUCCUUCCCAUUUUGGCUACUGCAGUGCUUUUGUUUCACACUUGAUUUGUAAAAAUUUUAUAUAUAUAUAUAUAUAUUUAAAAUGUGCCAUUUUAUUGCUAAGUGAAGUAUGUCCUGUUUUCUGCUAUAAUUCUUUCUCAGUCAGAUUGCAAUGUCAGCAGUUACUGCCACACUCCUGUCAGCUUAAACACAAAUGUUACCGCUUAUCUUUUCUUAAAAAAAAAAAAAAAAAACAAAGUGUAGGUAUUUUGAAGUACUGGGCUUAUAUUUCAUUGGAAUACAUGUGUACAGCAAUAAGCAGGUUUUCAAAUCCAGUACUUAGUUUGUGUACAAAUGUAAUUAUGUUCAUUGUGUAUAUAUUAUACAAUGAGCACAUGUAAUGUAUUAAAGGCUACUUACUAUUGUUUAAAUGCAAAUGUUCAUAUCUCAUUUCUUUUUUAUCAUGUUAAAUAAAUGUUGAUGUUCUUAAA